AUGUUAGUCCCACCCCCCGCCGUCAAACCAGCAGACUCGCCCAGUCCCUCGCCUACUGUCCCUCCUCCUCCAGGGCCCUCCGCUCCGAGCCUUGGCUGUCCGCAAGCGUCCUUCCCACCUGAUUCUGCUAAUUUGCAACCAGUCUUGGCACCCUCACCAUCAGAGCCCGGAAGCCCUCCUCAAGCAGACCCCAACCCAGAGGAUGAUCAGGAAUAUCUCAGGGCCUUGGACAAAGCAUGGGAGGCGUUCAAGGCUGAACUGGACCUCAAGUAUGGUACUGGACCGUAG